AUGGGACACAUGUUUGGUGACUCACUCGAGAAGAAGGCCCGCCUGCACGCCAUAGCCACCUUCGUGGUCGGGUUCUGGAUCCUCAGCGUUGCCAACAACAUGCUUCAAGUGGAUGGCAGAAACGCAUGGCUUAUUGUCACAGUUCGUGAAGCUUCUGAACGAAGGAAUGCUAAUUGGGAAUGCAGGGGNAAAAGAGGCAGAGCCAUUGAACUCUCCAAAGACCAUAAACCAAAUUGCACAUUAGAAAGACUAAGAAUUGAGAAACUUGGUGGUGUGAUCUACGACGGAUACCUCAACGGCCAACUGUCAGUGGCUCGAGCCCUCGGAGACUGGCACAUCAAAGGGUCUAAAGGGUCCAAGAGUCCUCUGAGCGUAGAGCCAGAGCUAGAGGAGAUUGUGUUGACCAAAGAAGAUGAGCUUAUAUCUACCAUGAAAGUUUAG